CGGGCCACCGGACGGAGAGCGGCAGGCAGCGGGCCACCGGGCGGAGCGGGAAGGCACCGGGCCCCCGGGCGGAGCGGCAGGCACCGGGCCCGGGGAGGGGCGACAGGCCUCGGGCAACGUCGGGCGGGGCGACAGGCAUCGGGCCCCCGGGCGGGGCGGAAGGCAUCGGGCCCCCAGGCGGAAAACUACAGGUCUCGGGCACCUCAGGCGGAGCGGCGGGUGGAGCGACAUGGUCUCGGGCCAUCAGGCGGAGCGGGGGGGCGCCGGGGACCCACCAGGCGGUGCGACAGGGUCUCGGGCCCUCAGGCGGAGCAGCAACAGGUUCUCGGGCCCCAGGCGGGGGGG